UGGUGUGGUAUAAGACCAGGCCGGCUUCCGGCCGUGAGAAAGGCUUUUUAAAUACACAAUGAACAAGCUGCGGUAUUACUACUUCCUGAUCCCGCUCGCGGUAGUCUUCUCCGUCUUGUUUGGCGUUAUGUUUUGGCUGCAACCCAGAGCGAUGCUUCCUGGCGGGCCGGCGGCCUAUGUCAACCCUUUUAUGGGCACCGAGAAUGGCGGGAACAUGUUCCCCGGCGUGACCAUGCCCUUCGGCGUGGUCAAGAUAGGCGUCGACUUAAGGCCUCCACCAGGCCAGGGCGACCCAUACUCUGGCUACCACCCGUCAGGAAAGGUCACCGGCUUCUCGAUGAUGCACGAGUCCGGCACUGGCGGAGCGCCAAAAUACGGAGUGGUCUCACAGAUGCCCGUGGCGGGCGAUGUCGAGAAUCCUUUGGCCGACUGGGCCUUACCGCGAGAACGCGAAGAUACGGCCGCGCUGGGCUGGUACAAGUCCAGUCUGAAGGGCGGGAUCACGGUGGAACUCACCGCCGGCCGGCACUCGGGCAUCAUGCGGCACUCGUUUCCGAACGAUGCGAAGGGAAAACAUGUCCUGGUCGAUGUCUCGCAUUUCCUGCCGUCUUCGAGGGGUAUUGGCAUCGAGCAGAACUAUGUCGAGGGCGGGAUCAAAUUGCAUGACGAUGGGAGGUACUCGGGGUAUGGAGUUUAUAAUGGCGGGUGGAAUUAUGGUAUCGACUGGAAGAUUUUCUUCUGCGGGAAGUUCUCGGCGCCGCACUCGGCCGCUGCCUUCGAGGGAACCGGAGAAAACCUUGAGUCCUUCGGCGAAAAGCAAGAAAUCUCCGGCCGCAAAAGGGUAGGGGCCCUCUUCAGCUUCGCUCCUGGAUCGUCGAGCCGAGUGAUGGGCCGAUCCGGUGCCAAGUUCGUGGUCGAGUCCAGAAUAGGCAUUUCCUGGAUCUCACCCGAGAAGGCGUGCGGGUUCAUCGACAGCGAGAUUCCGGAUAGCGAGAGCUUUGAGCAGGUCGUCGACUCCGUCCAGGAAACGUGGAAUCGGGAAGUCUUCGCCAGGGUUGCGGUCAGGGAGAAUGAUGAGUCCAAGCUCAGGCUGCUGUACACUUCGAUAUAUGGCAUGUUCCUCAUUCCGUCGGAUCGCACGGGGGAAAAUCCGGGGUGUAACUCGACGGAGCCUUACUACGAUGAUAUCUUUACCUUGUGGGACACAUUCCGCAGCCACACCCCGCUGUUCCACAUCCUGCAACCGCAGCGCUACGUCGAUUUCCUGCGGUCACUCGUCGACACCUGGCGGCACGACGGCUGGCUGCCGGACGGGCGCAGCUCCAACUACAACGGGCGAGUGCAAGGCGGCAGCAACGCCGACAACGUUCUCGCCGACGCCCGAGUCAAGGGGGUGACAGGUGUCAACUGGGACGCCGCCUACGCCGCGAUGCUGACCAACGCCGAGGAGGUCCCGCCCAACAACCACGACGCACAAUCCAACCGCGACAGCUCUACGCGCGAGGGCCGCGGCGCGCUCCCGGACUGGCUCGAGAGGGGCUUCAUCACGCGCAAAUACUCGCGGUCGGUCUCGCGCGCCGUCGAGUACGCCGCCAACGACUUCGCCGUCGCACAGGUCGCCCGCUCCCUCGGCACGCUCGACGACACAGAGAAGUACCUCAACCGCUCCCGCAACUGGCGCAACCACUGGGACGCGCGGAUGAGCGUAUACGGGUUUUCCGGCUUCCUGUCGCCCAUCGAGCCCUCCGGCUCCUUCCCCGCGACACCGCACAACCCGCUCAGCUGCGGCGGCUGCUACUGGUCGGAUCCCUACUACCAAGCGCUCCCCUUCGAGUACAGCUUCUCCGCGCACCACGACAUGCGCACGCUCAUCUCCCUGUGCGGCGGCGACCGCGCCUUCGUCGCCCGCCUGGACAAGCUGUUCUCCCCGGGCGCCAACCCCGCCGGCGACAAGCGCUUCGGAAAGACUAUCUUCAACCCCGGCAACGAGCCCUCCUUCGCCUCGCCGUACCUGUACAACUUCGUGCCUGGCAGCCAGUGGCGGUCAGUCGCACGGAGCCGGCAGGUCUCGCGGGACUACUUCAACUCCGGAAAAAAGGGCCUGCCCGGGAACUCCGACGCCGGCGCGAUGCAGAGCUGGCUGCUGUGGGCGCUGAUCGGCCUCUAUCCCAUCACGGGCACGACUACGUUCCUGGUCGGGUCGCCGCAGAUCAGUUAUUUAGCUAUUGAUCUUGGACAGGGCAGGACGUUUGAGGUGAAAGCGAGAGGCGCGGAUGAGGAGGGGGGAGGCUGGUUCGUGCAGUCAUUGAAAGUGAAUGGAAGGCUGUGGGAUAGGAGCUGGGUGGAAUGGGAUGAUGUCUUUAAACAUGGCGGGACGAUGGAGUUCAGCCUGGGAAAGGAGAAGGUGGAGUGGGAUACGGGGGAGAGGCCACUUUGGGGGGUUGUUUAAUGGUACGGAAACGGGUGGGGGUGUAUAUAGACGGAUGACGUGGGAUGGGUUGGGUUGGGACGGCGUUGGGGUGUCUUUUUGGCGUGAGGCUGGUGUGCUCACUACAUAUACCUUUUGGUUGGAUUGUACAUAUUGCGAAUGAUGGCGAUUGAACUGACUUGAAGCUCU